ACAUUUUAUUACAUCCUCUCAUCUUUUGUUAUGAAAAUAAUGACACGCCUUCAAGAUUAAUCAACUUAUAAAAAUCAUAUAUGUUAAAAUCAAACCUGUUCUCCCUCAUGCGUCAUAAAUAUUCUAGACAUUAUGAUUAUACAAAAUGUAUUAACAAUGUUAAAAGACAGCUUCGCAAAAUUAUCGUUUCUCCAUAUUUCUUUUGUGUAAUUCUUAUUAUGAAAAAAUAACUUUAAUUCCAAACCUUUUUCAAUAGCUAAAACAGACGAAAGUAGUAGUAGCGGGUUGUCAACUGGUGCAAUAGUCGGCAUCGUUUUUGGCAUUCUCGUUUUAAUAGCAGCCGUUAUUCUGAUGUGUCUGUUGUGUAAAAGAAAGAAAGGGAAACAGAAUAAGAAAGAACAAGAAAAUGAAAACGUGAACACUGUAGAAUCGCCGAGGUCUAAGAAACUUUCAGUUGAUAUUGACAAUAUACCUCAUCAAAGGUCACCUCUCUGGGUUAACGGACCACAAGGAAUAGCCCCUAUUGAAACAAAGUAUAAUGGCGAUCACAGAAUUUCAAAAUCUCCAGUAUUAGACAAACAAUACAAUCCCUUUUCAGUGUUUCCAUUUGGUAAAGGAAAGAAAAGUAAACAAGAAGACACGCAAAACGGACAUGAACUAACUGUCUUUCAAUUAGAUGGAAAUGAUAACAUCAAGGAGUAUCCUUUGAGUAAAGAGAAAAAUAUACCAAAUGACACCAAUUUGUCUGACAGUCAAAAAUUGAAAACAAUUACAAUGGCUAAUAACCAAAAGUCAGAAAGACUUUCUAUUGAAGAUUUAGAAAAUAAUAAAGUUAUACCGACAAGACCGGACAAUUAUGCAAUGCCUGUUUUGAGGGCAGAGACAAGUGACAAAGAUAGUUCUCAGAUAUUUCAAACAGGAAGCAAUGGUAACACAUCAAGAAAUUCAAAUGUAACACCGAAAGCUAUUGUGUUACAAACAGAUGAUAAUGCGAUAUAUCCGUCACAUACUCAACUUUCAUCGCAUACUCCAAAAGUUAAUUGCGAGAAACAAUCAAAGGAAGCUAAAAUAUGUCGUACAAAAAUUGACCUUAACGACAGCGAGGUUGCAACCCUUUCUCAAAGACCCUAUAAACAGCAGAGUUUAGGAUUAUCAACAGCAAACCAAGUAAGAGAAUAUCAAUUACCCCUGUUUUGGUAA